AUGGUUUAUCUUGGGGCAUCGAGUUAUCUGCAGACUUUCGACCUCAAAUUUGAUCGUGGCUAUGCACUGCCAGUGUUGACUCGCCCAUUUGUGGCACCACCCGCACAAGCUGAGGCAGCCGCUGAAAUCAUAGAGCCCCGCGCCCUAGCAGCUGUCGACUCCAAUGGAUACGCUCAGGAACCUAGCCCAUACCGUACCCAGGGUAGUAAUCAUGCUAAAACCGGCAAUGGCGGCAAGAUCCCAAGACCACCCAACGCAUUUAUCAUCUACCGCAAUAUGAAGCGCGGUGAUGUUCUCACCAACAACCCCGGUCUUCAUAACAAUCAGAUAUCUGUCAUCAUUGGAAAAAUGUGGCAGGCUGAGCCGAACAGUGUUAGAGAUGAAUUCAAAAAGCUCGCCGAGAACGAGAAAGUGAGACACAGACAAAUGAACCCUGGUUAUCAUUACCAGCCUCGUAGACCUGGACAGAAGAAGCGUCGCAUGAGCAAGAAGAGGAUCGCUGAAGCCGCCAUCAAUGACCCGAUUCCUCCAACAGACAACUACGAACUGGUCACCAACCCCCAAAACAGGAACAUAGAGACGGGACGACUUAGUGGUGAUUUCUCCGAAAUCCGGACCCUCACUCUUCCCAUGUCAUCUCAAGCUGAGUAUCGUAUUACCAUGGAUAACGAGGCUACAAAUCCUGCAGGAGUGAUUAACCAAAUGCGCAUUGGGGUUGGCUUCACUCCCUCGGAACAAUAUAGUGAUACCCACGAAGCCGAUCUCGAGGAACUUGGGGAAUACCUGAACCAGGAUGCCUUUACUUUGACUGGUUUCGACCUCGACGAAGAGCAAGCACUCGAAAGUUUUGGACGCCAGUGGCUCGGUGCUUGA